CACUGCCGUCUGAGCUUGAGAGACUGUCCCUGUUCAGGAUGCCCAGACCGGGCCGGCGGGACUCAACUACCCCAGGCUCCCGCCUGUUCCCACGCGAUUUGCUCUCUCCACAGGUCGGCGGUCACUUCGCGACUGUGUACAAAGCCGGUGACCACCGCUUCGACGGAUCCCUCCACCUACCGUUCUCUUCGUCGCCGCCGAUAUGAGUUCUGACGGAUCCUUCAUCCCCGCGGCCCCUCCGCCCCCGAACGUGGAGCCGAAUUUUGAGCACCCAGAGUCGAGCAGUCAUCAGUUAAUCAUCGUAUCCGUGGUAUUCCCUGUAUUAUCAUUCUUCUUCUUGAUCCCACGGCUAUACUCGGCGACGUUUAUUAUUCGAAAAUGGCAUCCGGAUGACUACUUGAUUUGCAUUGCCUCUGUACGCUCGACCUACCCCAUGUUUAGACGAAGUUGGUAACUAACCGUGGCUUGCUGCUUAUUAGGCUUCUGCUUUGGCAAAUGCCAUUCUCUGCAUCAUCCAGUCCACCAUGGGCAUGGGCAAGCACAUCUGGGAGCUGGACUACGUCACAUUUAGCGAAACAAUGAAGAUCAUGAUGCUGGGCGGCGCCUUCACCUACAGCUUCACCACCAUGUUCAUCAAGCUGUCCAUCUUGAGCUUCUUCCUGCGCUUCUCAAUGGACAGAGCCUUUCGCUUGGCCGUUUACGUCGUCAUGUUUAUCUCGGU